AUGCAUUCGUUCCUUACCCGAGGAAAUGCUUUACUUGGAUUCACCCUUUGGGUAAUGGCAGCUGUGACUGCUGCCGCAUUUUUGUCGACAGUGUUCUUGGAUUAUACAACGAAUGUUGAGUUGAAAACUUCGGAUAUUAAAAUGUGAGUUUUAGAGACUUUAAUGAGCUGCAAAAUUUUAAUUUAAAAAACAAAAAAUUGCAACCCUGGCACAUUUUUACGUGCCAAAGUUGCACAAUAAGCCACGCCCACUUUUCUAGUUGAUUUUCCGUUUUUUUUUGCAGUAGACCAGUUGUUGAUUAUACAACUGAAGAUGAAACUGUCGAUCUUGCCACCCUUCAAUUCUCGAUCUCUGCCGAUUUUUCGAAACUUUUCAACUGGAACGUCAAACAAUUAUUUGUCUAUUUGGUUGCCGAAUAUCAAUCGAAAAACAAUGUUAGUUUUUUUUCAUCUUCUAUAGAAAGUUUAGAAAACUCUAUUAGAAACUUUCAAGAAUAAUAUUUGCAGGCUAUCAACCAAGUUGUUUUGUGGGAUCGAAUUGUUGAAAGAAGUGAGCGAGUUGUGAUGAAUGAGAAGAACUUGAAAACCAAAUAUUAUUUCUUGGAUGAUGGCAAAAACUUGAUUGGACACAAAAAUGUGACAUUCGUUUUGAGGUUUGAUUUUGUGUUUUUGUUUUUUUCUAAAUAUCAACUAAUAUUUUUUACAGAUACAAUGUGAUUCCAAAUUCGGGAUAUUUGAGAUUAUCGCAAGCCCAAGGACAAAUCGAAGUUCCAUUCCCGACCGAAUAUUCCGCCAAAAGUCGCUAG